CUCAGCAUGUUUAUGUGCGCGUGCGGGUCCGUGCGGGGCUGAGCCGGCGGCCAGUCACGCGAGUCCCGUCGCGACAGUAGCUGUUCCCACACACACGAACACGGAUACGCAGAUAUAACCUCAAUAUGUGUUAAAAAGAACUAAAGGCAGGGACACGUUUUAGGGUGGUUAAAUCAGAAUACCAUCAUCUGUCCAGGGAGCGCGUCGACAGUGAACAUCGCGGAGGACACCUGACCGAAGAGGGGCACUUGAAUCGUACUUUCCCCUGACAAGGCGCGCCACUGGGCUGCCCUCAGAGCAUGUGACUGGAUCGGAGGAGGAGCAGUGAGGAUACAUCUUAAAACGAGCUUCGGGGAAGGAGCGUCUGGAAUGGGUGUGGGCAAGAACGUCACCUCGAAGGCUGCGGAUUCCAUCGGGGAGGGAGCCAUCUGUGAAGACGAGGUUAAGAACGACCAAGGCUUCUACCCCAUUCCCGUGGUGGUUAAUCGAGUAGGCGCGCCCCCUGCAGACCAGGAUGGAGAAGACACUGAGCUCAUGGCCAAUUUUUCCAAGGGGGGUCCAGGCGAAGACAAGAGCUUUGUGUCGGAGACGGUGGGGAGCACAGACAGUGCAGAUGCCAGGCGACUGGACAUGAUCUACACCAUCGAAGACACGCCGCCCUGGUACCUCUGUGUGUUUCUGGGCCUCCAGCACUACCUGACCUGCUUCAGCGGCACCAUCGCUGUGCCCUUCCUCCUGGCAGAAGCCAUGUGUGUCGGCUACGACCAGUGGGCCACCAGCCAGCUCAUUGGCACCAUCUUCUUCUGUGUGGGCAUCACCACCCUGCUGCAGACCACGCUGGGCUGCCGCCUCCCCCUCUUCCAGGCCAGUGCCUUUGCCUUUCUGGCUCCUGCCCGUGCCAUCCUGUCCCUGGACAAAUGGAAGUGUAACAGCACAGUCGCUCCUGUGAUAAAUGACACCAUGCUCCUCCACACAGAGCACAUCUGGCACCCACGGAUCCGAGAGAUCCAGGGCGCCAUCAUUGUGUCUUCCCUCAUUGAGGUGUUCAUCGGGGCUCUGGGCCUGCCUGGCUUUUUACUGAAGUACAUCGGCCCCCUGACCAUCACCCCCACAGUGGCUCUCAUUGGCCUGUCGGGCUUCCAGGCCGCUGGAGAGCGGGCAGGCAAACACUGGGGCAUCGCUAUGCUAACAAUCUUCCUGGUGCUGCUCUUCUCCCAGUACGCCCGCAACGUUCAGCUGCCCCUCCCCAUCUACAAGUCCAAGAAGGGCUGGACCUCCUACCGCCUGCAGCUCUUCAAGAUGUUCCCAAUCAUCAUGGCCAUCCUGGUUUCUUGGUUCCUGUGCUUCAUCUUCACCGUGACGGAUAUCUUCCCCCCACGGAAGAAUGAGUACGGGUUCUAUGCCCGCACUGACGCUCGCCAGGGAGUCGUCGCCGCUGCCCCCUGGUUCAAGAUCCCCUACCCCCUGCAGUGGGGCCUGCCUACCGUAUCCGUGGCAGGAGUCAUCGGUAUGAUGAGCGCAGUCGUGUCCAGCAUCAUCGAGUCCAUUGGUGAUUACUAUGCCUGCGCCCGGCUCUCAUGCGCCCCGCCUCCACCCAUCCACGCCAUCAACAGAGGGAUCAUGAUAGAGGGGCUGUCCUGUGUCCUGGAUGGCCUGUUCGGGACGGGCAAUGGCUCCACCUCCUCCAGCCCCAACAUCGGAGUGUUGGGCAUCACCAAGGUGGGCAGCAGGCGUGUGAUACAGUACGGGGCGGCCCUCAUGCUGUUGUUGGGCCUGGUGGGGAAGUUCAGCGCGCUGUUCGCCUCGCUGCCGGACCCGGUGCUGGGCGCCCUCUUCUGCACGCUCUUCGGCAUGAUCACCGCCGUGGGCCUCUCCAACCUGCAGUUCAUCGACCUCAACUCCUCUCGCAACCUCUUUGUGCUGGGGUUCUCCAUCUUCUUCGGGUUGAUGCUGCCUAGCUACCUCAGAGAGAACCCGCUGGUUACAGGCAUUGCUGAGAUUGACCAGGUCCUCAAUGUGCUUCUGACCACGGCGAUGUUUGUGGGAGGCUCUGUGGCAUUUGUGCUGGAUAACACUAUUCCAGGUACCCUGGCAGAGCGGGGCAUCCGCCGGCUGAAGCGAGGCGUACACUACAGCGCUGCCGAGCUGGAGGGCAUGCGCUCCUACGACCUGCCAUUCGGCAUGGACUUCCUGCGACGCCACCGCAUCUUCCAGUACCUGCCCGUCAGCCCCACCUUUGCCGGCUACCCCCAGGGAAUGAGCCGGUCGGGCUGCGGGAGGCGGGCCAGGGCCAGAGGGGCUGAGGGCGGCCCAGACGAGGACCCAGGGGCUGAGAGCGAAGUAUAGCAGGUGGCCAUGGAUAGAGGUUAUGCAAGAUGCAGAGGACUAGAACAUUCCAUUUCUAAACUUCCAUUUUUUUGUGUUGAGUUUGCAGACUUAAAAUGCACUUGGUGCUGCUGUUGAUGGGUUCCAUUCGGAACCGGGGAGCCUAUUGGGUCAGUCUACUGUUGCUGCAGGUUUUUCUGGACCGAACCGAUUACAGAUCAUCAGUACAACUGAUGAUGAAAACAGGUUAUAACUUUAAGUUUACACAACCAGGUCGGGAUAAAAACGACCCACUGAGAGUGCAGCCAAUGAACAAAAAACAAUUUAUGCAGAGAAGCAGGCAAACACUUGGAUAACAUUUGACACUCUGUUGAGGAUCAGGUCGCCUUGCCCUAUUAUUCCGACUUAUGCUACCUGAUCCACGAUCAGGGUGUGGGCUCAUUCGUGAAAUCAAGAAACGGUAUUUGUGAAUUCACACGCGAGCAUUAACGCGUAAAAGUAUGCGGGGCGAUAAGGAGGCGGCCUCGCCUUACACUGAGACAAAGCGCCAUUUUUCUUUUACGCUCCGUGCUAUGAUAUUUAAUAGCCAGCAGUAUUUUUCACGUUUUAUUUCUUUCAGUGUGUCCGGCUGCCAACAUUAGGAGUUAAAGUCCGUUUGCUGGCUAUAGUUUAUUCAUGGAUAGAAAUUCUCAUGAACUUAAAACUGCGAUAAAAUAAGUUAUUUGCAUAUCGUACUGACGACAUUAGUCUUGUACGGGGAAAACCUGGUCCUCGUGCUGUUGAAAUUAAUUUUUAGUUUCUGAUCUGUCAACGUACUGUACCAUUAACGUGGCGCUGCUGUCUGCGGGGUAUUUCUAACGUUGAAACCUAAGAGUCAUUAUUGCACAUGAAAAGCUUAUGGUUUGCUUGAGUAUUCGGCAGGGACGUUAUUAAUGAUCUGACAGUCUCCGCGGUGGCUCUGACAUUAAAGGCAGAUCUAGAAACCUGCUUUGAGCACCAUGCCCAGCUUUUGAGGUGCCAAAAUAGUCCUCGUCCCGUUAUAUUUUGUACGCUAUUUUAUGCUUGCAAAGGCAUUGGCAGGUUAUAUUUUUUCUAUAUAAAAGGACGAGUUCUCUGACUUCCAAAGACCCAGUUAGAGAGCAGCGCCUGCGUGGUCCCGAUAUAUUCGGCAUUUUAUUUUUAGUAAUCUUGUAAGUUGCGUUUCGGCCAUGUCUGGACCCCCAGUUCCUUUAGACAGUAUGUUAAGCAUGCGAAUGUUACUGGGAUGUACGGUUGGAGUCGGGGAGCGGGAGGGACAAUUAAGUGACCUUAGUCUACCAUGUGUGAGUAGAGGAUCAGACCGUGUCGUGCGGGCCGAGAGCGGACACCCGAUCGUUCAAGGCUGAACCGGUCAUUCACUUUCCGCUACGGUGGAGUGGCGUCGGCAGGGAUCCCUGCAUGAUCCGGAUAAUCCUGCCGUGCGGACAGGAUCCGGCCAGUAAAACCAGACCGAUGGAAGCAGCAGGAGUGUGUGAAGGUUUUCCAAAGACCCGAGACGACGGUCUCAUUUGCUGGUAUUAAUCAGCAAUAAUCUUGUCAAACCCACACGCAGACCGCUUCUCUAACUGGACUUGUAUCAGUCUGGUCGUUUCUAUUUGAUUAGAAGGACACUGGAAUACCGCUAUUAAUCUUGUGCACUGUUUUACAUCUGAUUUAUGGCUAUUCAACCUGUAGUGACAAUAUACCGCAAUGAAAUGUUUUUAUAAUGAAAUCGCAAAAGAAAAAAAAAUCUCUUCAGUUUUUUGAAGGGAAAGAUGUCCAGUAAUAUACAUGGCCAGGUGUGUAUAUGUAUAUUACAAUGAAAUAUUUGAUUUUGUUUAGUGUUUUAUUAUUCUUAUGCUUACGGACAAUGUUGGUAAAGUAAAAAUGCAGUCAAUCUUAAAUCUUCCAAAGGUGCACUAUUAUGUUACAUUAUUUAAGACGAAUUCUUAGACCUGGUGAGCGAAUAUUGUUAUUUUCAACUACAAUUGUCAGAAUAUUUUUCUAACAUUGUUUUCCUUUUGAUGUUAAUAAUUGUAAAAAGAGAGAAAAGAUGUUUUAAGACAAAUGUUUAUAGGCUAUACCCGUGCAGUAUAAAUGUAUAUUAAAAUACACUGAUAUAAAUUCUUGGAAUAGACGUCCUGCACACUAAUAAAAUCCAAUAAUAUCUCUUCCUCAAAUCUAUUUAAAUAAAGGAUGCUGAUUGCUUCGUG